CUUUUCUUUUUGUUGAAAGGAGGGAAGAUUUCAUAUUUGUUUAAAGAGGGAUAGAUCGAAAGACUCCAAAACCGUAGAUCACAACCUGCCACCGGCGCAAAACAAAUCCAAAACCGUCGAUCACAACCUGCCUCCCAAGAAAAAUAAUACGUGCCAGUACUAGUAGUUAAAUGUCACUCAUCUUCGUCAUCAUGCUGAAUCUAGGUUUGCCAUCAAAAACGAAAUUCUCAGAGAGAAUACGUACAGAUUUACAUACAGAAUCAUACACAUUAAGCCGUGGUUUAUAUGCAUACACACAUAUACAGGAGGAGAGAAUUGGAGGCAUUGAUUUACGGAUUUUAACAACGAGAUAUAAGAUCGUUCGGUUGAUUCCAUGGCUGAUACAACGCAUCACUUACGGAUCUGCGUUUUUCUUCUUCUGUCAAUCCAUGGAUGCUCCUUCUACCUCCCUGGUGUCGCUCCACAGGAUUUUUACAAGGGGGAUAUCCUGAAGUUGAUAGUGCAGAGAAUUUAGGGGAAGUUCUUCGUGGUGAUCGCAUAGAAAAUUCCCCUUAUGAGUUCAAAAUGCGAGUUCCACGAAUGUGCAAUAUUGUGUGUCGCAUAAUACCAAAUGAAAGAACAUCCAGAGAAUUCAAGCAAAAAAUAGACGAUGAGUAUCAAGUCAACAUGAUCUUGGAUAAUCUACCUCUGGUUGUUCCCAUAACAAAAUCAGAACAAGAACAGGAUUCUCAUGUCCAAUAUCAUCAUGGAUAUUUUGUUGGUCACAAAGUAUGGUAUGCAGGAAUGAAGGAAGACAGGUAUUUAAUCAACAACCAUCUAACAUUCACAGUCAAGUUUCACAAAGAUCCAGAAUUCGAAUAUGCAAGAAUUGUAGGAUUUGAAGUUAAACCUUUCAGUGUUAAGCAUCAGUAUGAUGGUGAAUGGAGUGAUGAUACUCGCCUGACAACCUGCGACCCUCAUGCCAAAAAAUUGGUCGCCGGAGUCGAUCCACCACAAGAAAUUGAAGACAAAAAGGAGAUCAUCUUCACUUACGAUGUUGAAUUCCAGGAGAGUGAUGUUAAAUGGGCAUCAAGAUGGGACACAUAUCUUCUAAUGCCCGAUGAUCAAAUCCACUGGUUUUCGAUCGUGAAUUCCCUCAUGAUUGUUCUUUUCUUAUCGGGAAUGGUCGCCAUGAUCAUGUUAAGAACACUUUAUCGCGACAUCUCUAAUUACAACAAACAAGAAGAAGAAUCAAAAUUCGAACAAGAAACCGGAUGGAAGCUCCUCCACGGAGACGUUUUCCGGCCACCUGUAAACUCCGAUCUCCUCUGCGUCUACGUCGGAAGCGGAGUUCAAUUCUCCGGUAUGAUUCUCGCCGCGAUGAUCUUCGCUCUCCUCGGGUUCCUCUCACCUUCAAACCGCGGCGGUCUCAUGACGGCCCUCCUCCUCCUCUGGGUCCUCAUGGCGGUCUUCGGCGGCUACGCCACCACUCGCCUCUACAAAUCAUUCAAAAAAUCAAACUGGAAAACAAUCACUCUCAAAACCGGUGUUAUGUUCCCGGGAGUCAUCUUCGUCAUGUUCUUCAUCCUAAACGCCCUAAUUUGGGGGGAGAAAUCCUCCGGCGCCGUUCCCUUCUCCACGAUGUUCGCUUUGGUGUUCUUAUGGUUUUGCAUCUCCGUGCCACUGGUGUUCGCCGGCGGUUACAUCGGUUUCAGAAAACCGGCGAUCGAAAAUCCGGUGAAAACGAAUAAAAUCCCCCGGCAAAUCCCUGAACAACCCUGGUAUACGAGAUCCACUUUUUCGAUUCUAAUUGGUGGUGUUCUUCCAUUUGGGGCUGUUUUCAUCGAGCUUUUUUUCAUUUUGACCUCGAUCUGCUGUGUAGUGAAGAUUAUGAAUGGUGGUGGAGGUCGUAUCUGA